CUCGCCGGGGAUACAGGGUGAUCAAAUGCCUGGACGAAUUCUCAAAGGGGUUCCUCAACAAAUGCAUCACUAAGAUUAGAGAUGCAUGGGUAGGUUUAAGCCUUAAACUAAUCCCUGCUGAGGAAAUUCCAAUGAGACCUCGUGCAAGAGUUUGGUUACCAAAGAUGAGCGCCGAAGCACCCAAGAUGUUGGAAUGCCUCAAACGGCAGAAUCCCAACAUACACAUGAAUGACUGGGCUAUCAUCCGCACAGAACAAGGCGAAGGGCACACAUGUCUAAUUCUCGCCAUCACAGAAGCUGGCUCCGUUGAGCUGGAGAAGGUAGGCUUUAGGCUGUUCUUUGGGGUGAGGGGCGCCAAAGUAAAGGUGUUCCGGCCGACAAAAUCGGGGAGUGAAGAGACGGAUGAGAUGGAAGCUGCCAACUCUCUGCUCACUGGCAUGAAACUCUCCGAGCCACCCAUUAAACCUGACAAUGGCACUAAAGAUAGUGCAAAUUAAUCUGAAGCACUCAAAGUGUGCUUCAGACAAUCUACGGGUUCUCCUAGCCGAGGAAAACCUGGACAUUUGCCUGGUUCAAGAACCCUGGGUCACGGACUCAGAAGUUAAAGGGUUCCCAGCAUCUACAUACAACAUACUAUAUGCAAGAAGUAAUGGUAGGCCACGAUCAUGUCUAAUUGCUAAAAAAUCGAUUAACAUUUUUCUUUGUACACAGC